UUCUAUCCACAUAGUGGAUUAAAGUAGGGCAUUUCCGAAACUAUUUGCCCAUAGUGUUCAUACUCUCGAACAUACUCUGACAGAUGUGUGGUAACUAUAUAAACACAGCGCCCUUUUAAGUGAUGGAUUGGAGGCGUGAUGAAGUUUAUUUCUAGGAGAAACACAAUGAUUCAAGAAUGCGGACGUAAUUCUGAUCUCCUGUUUUACGCAGUUAGAUGGAAGUCGAUAAUAUAUUAUGCAAGUCAUAGGCUGUUGGAAUGUGGUAGGAGGUAUCGCAAAAAAGAGAAAGCAGAAUACACUCCUUCUGAGUUUAGGGGGUCGCGUUAUAUCUACUUGGAAGGACGUGGAAGGUAAGCGUGAAGCAAAAAUUCACAAGACAACAUGCAAGAUGAAUUUGUUAAGAUCGGUGCCACGCCAACACACAUUGCUACAUGGGGUAUCGGAAAAAAGGAAGAAAUACAAAAUUGUGAAGAACUGGUACUUCUUAUUCCAGGAAACCCUGGUUUGAUUGGUUAUUAUAAAGAAUUUUUAGAUACCGUUUAUAAGAAUCUGAAAAUGCCGCUGUGUGUGAUAUCACAUGCAGGACACGAAUUACCAACGGGCAGUGUUACUGCAGUUGACGGACAGCAGUCUUAUGAUCUUGAUUUUCAGACUCAACAUAAAAUAGAAUUUAUAAACAAAUAUGUACCAAGCAACAUCAGGUUGUAUCUUGUUGGCCAUUCUAUCGGGUGUAAAAUUAUACUGAAUAUGUUGAAAAAUGAAGACAUAGACAAGCGGGUGGUUAAGUGCUAUCUUUUAUUCCCUACAGUUGAGCGAAUGGCGGAGUCACCCAAUGGAAAAUUCUUAACAAAAUUUGUACUCCCUAUAGUACCCAUAAUAUUGUUCUUAUCAUGGAUAUUCACUUUGUUUCCCAGUAAGAUACAGUACUGUCUACUGUACUUGUAUUUUUUAAUUCGUGGUUCAGGAAGUGAUGCUUCUGAUGUUACCAGACAAUUAAUAAAUCCACAGAUAUUGAGAAAUGUUUUUUCCCUAGCUGAUGAUGAAAUGAAUACAGUGCAAGAACUUGAUCAUCAUGUAGUAGACUUGCACAAAGAUAAGCUGUUUUUCUACUAUGGUGCAACAGAUAACUGGACACCUGUUAGUUAUUUUGAACAGUUGUUAAAACUUCACCCAAAUGUAAAAGCACAGUUAUGUAGUAAUAAUUUUGAACACGCUUUUGUGUUAUCAUCAGCAAAUGAGGUGGGAAUGUAUGUAUCUGAAUUGAUAAAAUCUGACAAACUAAAAUGUAAUGGCAUAUAGUAAAAUACUUUUUUGGAGAUUAUAGAUGGCAUAUUUGCUGGGUCUAGUGUAGCAGGGGAUACAACCCGUCGGCUUUGGACAAUGACGUCACAAGUCGCCAAACGAAAAGCGAUUCUUCUUAGUGUUGUAGCUCCCUUCAGUAGCUGAUAAGUGUUUUUUG